UUAUAAUCGAUUAUGGAACCAGAGAAGAUUUAUACUCGGUGAAAUCUUGUACAAAUUACGCAUACUUUAAAAAAGUUUUUGUUAAAUUCACGUUGGUGAAUAGCUUUAUUAUAUAAAUUCGUUGCAGGUGUAGACGUGCAUUCUUCGAACAGUAUAAUCCGGUGGCUGCGCAGAACCUCACACCUGCGCUUGAUUUAAGUUUAACGAAGCAUGAUUAAUUGUGCAACAGCCCGAAUAGAGGUCUUGGUUGAAAAUGUUGUCGAUAACGUACACAGUUUUUCUACUACUCGCAGCAACAAUAUCGAAUCCUUUUCCAGACACACAAGCCUCUAGAAUCGACGCAAUGAAUAUACCACUUGUGGUGCGUAAUAGUACUGGACCCAUUGAUCUAUCUUGCGUGUACUACGUCGGAUCAGAGGAGAAUGGACUUGUAAUAAAGUGGUACCAUAAUAUGGAUCAGAUCUAUCAAUGGAUCCCGCCAAUGCCGCCUCAGGACGCUGGAGUUAUAAACGGAUUCGUCGAGUAUCCAGAGCAGGAUCCCAAUUCGAGAUCCGUCAUUCGUUUGAAAACGAUCACCCUGGAAAUGAGCGGAGAAUACUCGUGCACGAUCAGCACCUUCCAGGAGAGCGAUACGAUGAGUUCGAGAAUGAUCGUUUACGUACCGGAAACGGACGCGACCAUCCACGUUUCCUCCUUCAACGAGACACAUUUGAACCUGACGUGCGUGGCGAGCGGGGCACACCCGCGACCCAUUCUAAAAUUAUAUAUAGAAGGCAUCGAAAUUGAUGAUUACUACGAUGGAAACGAGGAAAUAGAAUUGUAUAGGAAAGACAUGUCGGUGAAACGUACGGCGUUUGUCAGUAAUAUUUUUGAACCAAUAGUGCUGGACUGCGAGAUUUCCAUUCCGCACACGGAUUACAAGAGGAGGGAGAGGAUCGUUUAUUAUCCUGUUCGAUCUCUAUCGCAAAUCAGCACCGCGACAACACGUCACAUAACGUCCCUAAGCAUUCGCGCAAUCAUUAUUAUUUCCUGUACAUUGAUACUCCUAUUAGCGUACUAACAACGUUAACGUUAUAAUAACGCGUAAUCCUCUUUUCCUUUUUACCCCUUUUUAUAUUCAAAUAGAUUCCUUCGAUCCCUUGUCACUUUUUCAACAAAGUUUAGUCAAAGUAUCUAGCGUGCUCGUCCCAUAGUAAUAUGGUAUUUCGACUCGGAAAUUUCUGAAUUUCUGAACAUUAUAUCGAGGCAGAAAAUGCGAUUGCGUAUGCGUUAAGGAUGAAGAAGGCGACGACGACAGGGGAGGGGAUCUCUAUAUCUUGAGGUAGCGGUCGUAGCGAUCGGAUUAUCACUUGGUCUCCGACGUUCAUCCGU